CACACCGAAUAUCUCUGACAAUUGAGUUGCCGUCUCCUUGAAACUGAGCUCUCGAGGUAACUUUGGCAAUAUAUGGCCAGUAUAACGUGCAUGUUCAUUGCUUCCCAACUUACGUACCAACAAUCGAGUCUUCCACGCGUCGUCUUGGUUAUAGAAUUCUGUUCUAAAUGUAUCUUCCCAACGCUUGAACCACGUGAGAAAAGUAUUUCCACUUUCGGGAUCAUAGAUGAACUCUGGGAUGCUGCUAGCAACUGCAUCACAAGACGUACUUGAAAUAACAUGUGAACUCGAGCUGUGGAUGUUGAGCUGUUAAGUCAGAGUCUCCAACAACCGCAUUUGUGCACCAAGUUGUGCUUGCUGUUGUUGUAGUAUUCGGUUAAGCUGGUCAUCUGAUAUGGGCAUCUUGAAUUUGUUUUCCUUUUUCCCCGUCGCCAU